AUGAUAGACACAAAACGGAAGAUAAUACAAAAAUUUAACAAAGAAUUAGGUUCCAGUUUGAAAGGACUGGAAAAAAUAUACGAAUUUCAUCAAGAUCUUAACGCACAAAAAAAUGAAAUCGAGAAAUCGUUAUCAAUGGCAUCGUCUGAAGCUCCUUCGAAGGUGAAGGUAGUAAUAGAAAGUGUGGAAAAAAUAACUACUGAAUUCCAACAAUUAGAAAUAGCUUCUACAGAGUUUAGAAAUGACAUACAGAAAGCAAUGUAUGAAAAUGAUAAAAGUUUAGACAUGCAAAAAAUUAUUAACACAAUAAGUCAAUUGGAUAAAUCCUUAGCGUAUUUGAGUUUUGUAAAAUAUGUUGAAAAUAUUAGUGACAAAGUUCAACUGUCUUUAGCAAAUGGUGAUGAUGAGUCAACUAUUUCAUUAUAUACAAAUCUUACGGAUAUUAGUUGUCAGUUGCAACAAUCUGCCUGUUAUCAUCUUGUAAAUUACGUAAGAGAAACGCUACACUUUUGGCACAACCUCAUAAAGGAUAAAUUGUCUAAGGAAUACAAUGAUAUAUUGAAGACACUGAAAUGGCCAUUUUGUGGCAGCAAUUCAAAUUCAUUAAUUACAACCAUGCCGGAAACAUUAACUAAAUUUAAAAUACUUACAGAAUAUUUACUACAUUUGCAAUUACCAGAAGAAUCUGUUAAACCAAUGGUAACGUCAGUCCUGUUAACAGACUUUUCACCAGUGAGUUUGCCAAUUUCACUAAUGGUACGACCACUGCGACAAAGAUUUAUAUAUCACUUCACAGGUACAAAAUUAACAAAUCGACAAGACAAACCAGAAUGGUUUUUUACUCAAAUAUUAACAUGGAUUAAGGAUCAUAUUCAGUGGGUACAAAAAAAUGUUCAACCGGUAGCAAAUUCAAUAGGUUUUAAUCAUGUAGAUAUGAAGGUAGAAUUUAUGCAAGCUUUAGUACAGUUAGCAGUCGAAAAACUUCAUUCGGAGUUAGCAAUAGUGCAAUAUGACGAUGCUUUAUUUGCUCACUUGGUGGACGAAGCUUUAGGUUUCGAAAGAGAAUUGAGAGAAACACUGUUCUAUCCAUCGACACAACCAGCUACAGUUUUUGUUCUUACCCAAGCUCAUGUUUUUGUAAAGUGGAUUAACAUGGAAAAGAAAUAUGCUACCGAGAAAAUGGAUGCAAUUCUUAGUUCAAGUACUGCUUGGGAAAAAUUAUCAAAUUCUGAUACUGAUGACAUGAAAGUGACAGAAUGUGCAGAUGCGUUUCUUACACUCCUUACAACAAUAUCUGAUAGAUAUAAACAUUUGCCUCAGCCUGGUCACAGGUUACAGUUUCUAGAGCUACAACUAGAACUCAUUGACGAUUGGAGAAUAAGGCUACUUCAAUUAUUACAUGAAACUAACGAAGAUCCUUUAACAUCCCUUAUGCCAUGCAUUCUUAAUUCUUUACACUAUGUUGCAACCGUCCUAGAAGAAUGGGGGGUCACAGUUCAUUUCUUGCAACUAUAUUUUUUUAAGAAACAAUUUGAAGCAGUUGAGUCUGCAACCUUUGAAGGAAGUGAUAUUACUGAAAGUAUAGGUGAGGUAGAGGGUUCUGUGUUCGAUGAAGCAGUUGCCCUUUUGAGAAGACUGGAAAAGGAAUUAAUAAAUGAAAUUAGCGAUGCAGUAGCUUUAGAUGUAAAGGCAAGAAGCAGGCCUUAUAGAACAGAUAAAUGGUUUGCAAUGCAGUCCGCUAAAGAAGUUGUUUCUUUGUCGGUUACUCCAAGUGGUUAUUCUAUGUUUCAAGAAUUAGCAACACAGCUUAAUCAGUUGUAUAAUACACUUGCGUUGCCGUUAUUUAAUCAGGCUUGGAAAAAUUUAGCCCUACAAUUUGAUCAGUUUCUUUUAGAAGAAGUUGUUUUGGUAAAUCACUUUAACACAGGCGGAGCUGAACAAUUGGAAUAUGAUAUUUUUAGAAAUUUGUUCCCAUUAUUUGGCUUGUACAUCAGUAAUCCAGAAUCAUAUUUCCCACUGAUUAAAGAAGCAUGCGUUUUAUUAAAUAUUCUAUUGGGGUCAGCAAUGUUACUACUCGAAGCUCUUGAUAACAAUGAUGAAACUACAGCAAAGGAGAUAUUAGCAGAUAUUGGGGUUCUCAAAAUGUCACCCGAACUAGCUCUGAAAGUACUCGGAACUAGAACUAACAUAGCUUAUAUGUAAUGAGAUCUUUU